UCGAAUGCGCACCAGGGACGCGAGGGCUACGUUCACUUGGGCGAACGUGCCGAGGGCAAGGCGGCCUUCGACUUCAAGAAGCUCUACCUGCGAAUCAACACCGAGACCGGCUCGCUUGACUUCCUUAAAGCGCCCAAGAACAAGGACGUGGCCAAGCGCAUCGAGCUGCCCUCAGUGGAAGAGGUGGCCGCGAUGGACCGCGACCCCAAGAAGCUCAAGGCCACCCAGUGGCCCUUCAAGGUCGUCGUUGACAAGAAGCCCCUCAUCGUCAUGGCCGAGUCCGAGAAGGAGCUCAACGAGUGGCUGGAGAGCAUCAACGCGAGCAAGAAGCAGGCGACCGAGUUCCUGGACACCAUCCUCCCGCGCACCGCCGCCACGCUCAGCAACACACAGAAGGUCCAGCUCGUGAACUUCCGUGAGAAGCUCUUCUCGACCGGUCUCACCGACGAGGAGAAGGAGUGGUGCAAUGACGCUUGCCUGGCGCGUUACCUGAGGGCGAGGGUGGACAAGUUCGGAUGGAACCUCGAGAAGAGCUUGGCCAUGAUCCAGGACACCCUGAAGUGGAGAAGGGAGUUCAAGCCCGAGACCAUCAAGGAGGAGGACGUCAAGGAUCUGAUCGAAAUGGGCAUGCUCUACAACAACGGCAAGGACAAGCAGGGCAGACCCAUCGUCAUGGUCAAGUUCAACCAACCGAUGACGGACUUCGUUCUGUACACGCGCUACGUCGUGUUCGUGAUGGAGAAGGCCAUCGCCUCCAUGAACCCUGAAGAGACUGAGCAGAUGCUGUGGAUCCUCGAUCUCAAGGGCUCCAACAGGAAGUGCUUCCCUCCUAAGGCAGUGUGCAAGGAGGCCCUCAACAUCUUCUACACACAUUACCCCGAGAGGCUGCACAAGCUGUUCAUCGUGGAUGCCCCCAAGGUGUUCUCCGUGUUCUGGGCCAUGCUCGGCGCCUUCCUCGAAUCCGACACGAAAGCCAAGAUCAACUUCCUCUCCGGUGCGAUUGGCGCUGGCCAGAAGAAGACCGACGCACUUCUGGAGCUCGUCGAUGUCAACGUGCUCGAGUCAGACUACGGCGGCAACAACCCCUCCAAGGACAGGGGUGUGAUCAAGGAGGACGAGGAGGAGCCCGAGGAGUCCGAGCUGGAGGCCAAGGAGGAACAGGAGGGCAGCGCUUGA